CGAAAUCUUUUGCAUCUAAAUUGUAGAAUUCUAGGGUUUUACACAGCUCAAACCCAAACCAAAACCAUGGCGGAAGAGGCGCAAUACGAUGCAUCCACUAACAAGCGCAAGUACGGCGACGAGUCCACCACGCCGCCGUUGACCGCUCGAGUCACCGGCUUCUCCGGCGGUCCCUCACCGGACACCACGGCUCCGUCGUACAAUAGCGUUCCGCCGCCGGCAGAUCCGAUUCUCUUAGCGAGGCAGAAAGCGAUGGAGCUGGCUGCUCGUUUCAGCGCCGAGGCAACGCCGGAGGGUGAAGCCAAGAGGCCGAGGUUUGAGAAUGGGGAUUCUUAUGAGGCGCCUAAGACUUUUGUUUCGGGAUUUAGUUCGGCUCCUAGUGAUAUAGGACAAAAGCCACUGAGUACAGUGGCUUCAAUUCCAGCUUCUUAUGGUUAUGGUGGCAAUAGCAAAAAAAUCGAGAUCCCAAAUAACAGAGUCGGUGUUAUUAUUGGUAAAGGUGGAGAGACUAUUAAGUACCUUCAGAUUCAAUCUGGAGCAAAGAUUCAAGUUACCAGGGAUACAGAAGCAGACCCAAAUUCCCCAACUAGAGGGGUGGAGCUCAUGGGUAAUCCUGACCAGAUUGCCAAGGCCGAGCAGCUGAUUACCGAUGUUCUUAGUGAGGCUGAAUCAGGUGGUUCUGGUGCACCUUCUCGCAGAACUGGACAGCAGGGUGGCAAUGAGCAAUUUGUUAUGAUGAUCCCCAACAACAAGGUUGGUCUUAUUAUUGGUAAAGGAGGAGAGACCAUAAAAAAUAUGCAAAGUAAUUCAGGUGCUCGUAUUCAGGUCAUACCUCUGCACCCCCCUCCAGGUGAUACCUCCACUGAAAGGACCUUACAAAUAGAUGGGACAAAUGACCAAAUUGAAGCUGCAAAAGUAUUGGUCAAUGAAGUUAUCAAUUCUGAGAACCGUCUUCGAAACCCUGCAGCAACAGGAUAUUCUCAUCAAGGUUAUCAGGCCCGACCUCCUGCUUAUGGAUAUGUUCAGCCUGGAGGUUAUUCUGGACAAACACCACAGUAUAAUAUGACUCAACCACAAUAUGCUGGGUAUCCUUCACAACCUGGUUCUGGUGGAUAUGGUACGGGCUGGGACCACAAUGCUGCUGCAACUAAUCAGCAGACUACUCAAGUAGGUGCCUAUGAUUACUACAGUCAGCAGCCAGCUCCGCCACAGCAGGCACCUGGCGCUCCUGGCUCUGCAGAUAUUUCUGGCUAUGCUUACGGUCAACAAGCGGUCUCUGGUUACAGUCAACAAGGUCAGAGUUACACCCAAGAUGGCUAUGGUGGGUAUCAUGCACCUGCUCCUCAAACUGGGUAUAGUCAGCCACAGCCAGUUUAUGAUCAGCAACAAGCAUAUAAUACUACAUCAGGAUAUUCUAAUGUUGCUAACGCAACACCGGAUGGGCAAACUCCAUCUUAUGGGGCUCAAGGUGAUGGCAAUCAAGCACCUCCUUCAAGUGCUCCAGGACAGCAAGGAUACACUAGCCAGCAGCCCAGUCCUAAUUCUGCCUACCCAUCCCAGAUGCCAACUCAGCCGGGUUAUGGUGUGCCACCAACUUCACAAACUGGGUACGGGUCUCAACCGCCUUCAGGGUAUGUCUCGAGUUAUGGAGCACCUCAAACUCAGAAGCCUCCAGCCACCCAACAAGCCUAUGGGCAGACCCAGCAGUCCCCUUCUGCCCAAGGGGGUUACGUUCAACCUGCUCAGGUGCAGCCAGGCUAUCCUCAACCUCCCCCGUCACAAACUGGUUAUGCUCAGCCAGAUCCUGGUGCUCAAAGAGUUCCAGCAGCUGGUUAUAGUGCUGCACAAGCUUCAGGUUAUGCUCCACCACCAUAUGGUGCACCUCCUGCAACGCAAUCUGCCUAUGGACAGCCUCCACCUACAUAUAACAAUAGCUAUGGAAAUGCCUAUUCGCAACCUCCAGCUUAUACCGCCGACGCAAAUGCAGCACCUGCUUCUCAGUCUGUUCCUGCUAGUGGGGUUGUCAAAACCUCUCCCCAAAACUGAUAGGUUGAUCAUAUGCUGAUGUAUUCCCCAGUCAGUCUUAUUAUCUAGGUUAUAAAGUGCAUCAGACUAGCUUCGGGUAUUUUUGGGUUAUCAAGUGCUUGGUUUUGUUAUUGAAAUAUGUGAUUGAUAUUAUGUUUAAUAGCAUAUUUGCAUGUCCCUGUGCUGCCCGGUAUUAUUGUGUUUCCAAGUGUUUGAUUGUUAAGUUACUAAGAAUUGAACAUCUUAUUGUGUUAAACUAGUUUUUGGACUUGUUGCAUGCAACUUUGUAAUCCUAAUUUUUCUAUGCAUAUAUUCUAGAAUUGAUCAA